GAAUUAUUCAUUAUAAAUGUCAUCCACUAUAUUCCGUAAAGGUGAAGAUGUAAAUAGCUUCUAUAAUAUUGAAGAAGAAAUCGGCUCAGGAAGCUUCUCCAAAGUCUACCUUGCAGACAACCUUAAAACCAAGGACAAGGUUGCCAUCAAAGUUAUUGAGAGGUCCCAACUCGGUAGCGAGGAAGCUCUCUGAUUAGAAAAUGAAGUGACCAUCCUCAGCCAGAUUGAUCACCCUAAUAUUGUAAAAUGAAGAGAGGUCUUUGAAGACACUGAAAAUAUCUACAUCGUGCUUGACUUGCUAGCUGGAGGAGAGCUCUUUCAUAGAGUCCUUGACAAAAGAGUAUUUACAGAGAAACAUGCAGCUGCUGUACUAAGACCAAUAAUAGAUGCAAUUCGGUACUGUCAUGAUCUUGACGUAGCCCACAGAGAUUUAAAACUGGAAAAUAUCUUAUACGAGACCAAGGAAGAAGACUCAAUGAUAAAGAUCACCGACUUCAGCUUGGCCAAAAUUAUCCCAGAUGAUGUCUUCGCCAUUACUGCUUGUGGGACACCAGGGUAUGUAGCCCCAGAAAUUCUCGAAGGCAGCGGAUAUGGAAAAGAGGUUGACUAUUGGUCGAUCGGAGUAAUUCUCUAUACACUCCUUUGAGGUUUACCUCCGUUUAAUGAGAACCAAAAUGCUGAGCUAUUUGAGAAAAUUAAGACUGCAGAAUAUUCCUUCCCAUCUCCAGAAUGGGACCAUGUUUCAGAUGAUGCUAAAGAUUUAAUCUCUAAAUUGCUGGUGGUUGACCCAGAAAAGCGUCUAACAGCUGAAGAAAUUCUUGAGCAUCCUUGGAUGUGCAUCGGGGCAGAAGAUGACUCAAGUUCUUCAAACUCAGAAGGAAAUGAAGAAAUGCAAGAUCUUGAAUAUAAUGAUGCUGGCCUCCAAGAGGUCGCAUAA